AUGUUCCAUACCUCCAAGUCUGUUCGAAUGAUGGAUACCCUUACCGGUCUCUUGUCUUUAUCCAAUCUGCCUCAUAGCUGGGAAGGUGAUGUUCGCAAUCCACUGUUUACAUUCUCGUUGGUGGGAGAAACCUAUGGAUUCUACCUCAAUAAUGUUGUGCAAAACGUGGAGGUUCUGCUGUUCCUGAUAGCCACUGGCCUGGUCGGAGGUGCCGUUGCCCGUGUGCUGUAUCAAGCAGUGAUUCUACCCAAACGGCAGGACACCAGCAUGGCCUAUCUAUUGGGAUACGGCGUCAUUAUCCCCUUUUGGAUUCUAUCCCCCAUGUACAUCAUCCAGACACUGCGCAUUACCAACAAGGUAUUCCGUUUUUGCAUGGGGACCGUGCCGACGUUGGGCAUUUUCCGGACCAUGGAGGUGAUUCAUGGGUUCUGUCCCGGUCAUCUCACGGAAUCCAUGAGAACAUUUGCUCUCUACUAUUCGUGUCCGUUUCUUGCCCUCUACGACCACAAGAAGCAACAAUUUGUCAAGGCAACCCUCGGGGCGGUCCUUCAGAGGCUGAUGUGGUACAUACAAGGGAUGAUACUAACUGGGACAGUUCAUUCACUUUAUGAGUUGUUCCCUGACAUUUUCCCCCAGUUCGGGACGGGCAACGAGUUUGACAAGCAGGCUUGGUAUAGCUGGCAGGAGAUCUUUCGGUGGCAACGAUUGUGGGAAAACUUGUGCUUUACAGUAUUCUUUUCAAUCUACUUGUCCACCUGCGCCUUUGGGCUACAAGUUUUUGUCAUGCUGUUCACGGGAAUCCAGAUAGAAGAGAUGUGGGUGGACCCUGUGUCCAAAUCCGUUUCUUUUUCCGAGUUUUGGGCACGCCGAUGGAACCUUUCGGUGCACACAACCUUGAAACGUGGUGUCUUCAAACCGGUCCGUCGAUUCUUCCCAAAAUAUGUAGCAUUGGCGUCGACCUUCUUGGCAUCCGGUCUCUUUCAUGAAUGGAUAGUCUGGUUGACCUUUGCUCCCGUGUUUGAAUCAAUCUCUGACGCAAGAAACAAAGAUUCGUGUCCCAAUGCAAGCUGCUUCCAACCUACGUAUGGCCCCGCAAUUGUAUUCUUUCUGUUUCAGGCAAUGCUGAUUGCCCUCGAGUUUCUAGUCGGAAGUCAUCUAAAGGGAUUUACCGAUGCGAUUCCUACCCCACUUGCCACUUUGCUGGUGGUUUGUAUUGGUGGCUCUAUGGCGCACUGGUUCUCUGAUGGCUAUGUCCAUUCGAGCUUUUUCCUGGAUGCGCAAGUUGCAUACAUUGGGAUCAAAGGAAUGAACGAUUGA